AUGGCACAACCUGGCUAUAAUGACAAUGAUGUAGGUCUGGCUCAGAUCUUGGCAGAAGUGGUAGAGGAAGUGAGAUUGUCCAUAGACAGAGAUGUUAAUGGUGCUGAUCUUCUGUAUAGUCUGCUCAGUGCCCCCUGGCUGUACUCUCUGCUCAGGGUAUAUGAGUGUCUGGUGGAGCACUGUCGAGAUGCCCCGACCCCAUACAUGCCUUAUUCCUCAAGACUAUCUCAGGAGAUUAUGGUCAGUGUGCGAGGACUGGCCGCCCCCUCUGCUGAGGCACAAGAAUUAUACAUUUUGCUGAGAAGCCCUCAUAUGCAGGCUCUGCUCUCUUCCCAUGAUUCUGUGGCUCAAAAGGACUAUGGUCCAGUGCUGCCCCCCAUUCCUGAUGACCUGCCUGAAGAUGAGGAGGCCGUGAGAAUUGUUUGCCUUGUGAAGAACAAUCAGCCUCUGGGGGCAACUAUUAAAAAGGAUGAGAAAACAGGCAAUAUCUUGAUUGCAAGGGUGAUACAUGGAGGACUGGCAGAUCGCAGUGGACUCCUUCAUCCUGGCGAUAAGCUGGUGGAAGUGAAUGGACACACAGUGCAGGGACUGCAGCCUGAGCACGUCAUUCAGAUUCUGGUGCGAUCUCAGGGAAAUAUUCUUUUCAAAGUGAUCCCUAAUUCACCACAACCAGUCAACAGCCAAGCAACUUUAUAUAUGAGAGCCAUGGUGGAUUACAGUCCCCAUCAGGACCCUGCAAUCCCCUGUCCAGAUGCAGGCAUGGCCUUCGGUAAAGGAGACCUGCUGGAGAUUGUAGACCAAAGGGACACCCACUGGUGGCAGGCCAGAAAACUCCAUAGUGCCUCAUCCUGUUGUGGCCUCAUCCCCUCCACUAACCACUUCAAAUACAAGCAAAGGGAGUUGUGGUGGUCACAACCUUAUCAUGCUCACACCUGCAUCAGACCCUUGAGUGCAGCUGAUGUUGGAGAAGAAGAGGGAGCUGAUGAGGACAAAUGCAUUGAAGCAGAUGAAGAAGAGUUUGAGUCUGUUUCAAAGGAGGUUGAGAACGGUGAACACAUGCAUGGCUUAUACAUAGCGGGGUUCCGGCACAGUCUGCGCGUGUGGAGGAGGAAAUCCUACAGUAAACGAAAGCAGUCGUGCCAUUCCUGCAGUGUCAGCAGCAGCUGCCGGAGCACCUCAGCCAACCUUUAUGAAGAGGUGGUGAACUACCAGCGCCACAUAGAUGAUCCCCCACGCCUCAUAGUGCUCUUUGGUCCAUCAGGAGUUGGAGUAAAUGAACUACGGAGGAGGCUUAUCAAAAUCAACCCUAAUACAUUCCAGGGACCAUUAUCUCACACAACACGGCCACUGAAAAAUGAUGAGAUGAAUGGACGUCAAUAUCACUUUGUUACCAAGGAAGUGUUUGAACACAUGGUGGUUAAUCACAAAUUUCUAGAGUAUGGAGUGCAUAAAGGUUACAUGUACGGCACCAGCUUAAACUCGGUCAAAGAUGUUUUGGACUGUGGCAAAAUUUGUGUUAUUGACAUUGAACCUCAUAGCAUUCAAUCAGUGAGAACCAAGAAGCUGAAGCCCUACAUCAUAUUUGUGAAGCCUCCAUCCCCUGAAUACAUGAAGCAAACAAGAAACGACUCAAAUUUUGUUGCCAACAGCUACAUUAAGCGAUCAUUCAAAGAGAAGGACUUUGAAGAGAUUGAGGAAGCAAGCAGGACUAUGGAGGCCAAGUUCCGGCAGUUCUUUGACUGUGUGAUAGUGAACGAUGAUCUACAGGAUUCAUGCAUGUAUCUAUUCACAGCCAUACAACAUGCUCAAGAGGAACCACAGUGGAUUCCGGCUAGCUGGCUUGCUCCUGAUGAACACUGACAUGCACACAGUGCUUGGUAUAAGAACAAAGGCUCAUAGAAGUGGAAGGGAAUUGUUUGAAUUGUUAGAAUGAAUAUAAAGGGUUGACUUAAUCUACCUAACAUUGCUGUAAAAAAAAAAACAAAGAGACCGAACUCUGCAGGAAGUUUAGAACAAAUUGAGGCAUUUUGAAAGAGAAUUAGUUAUCAGAAACUCCCCCAAAUGUGUACCUUGAGUGACAUACAGUUUAUGGCAUUUCAUUGUCAACAUUUGGUAAAUGUAUAAAUAUAUUUAGGCCAUGAGAGUUUACACUAGUUGUCUUUUGGUAGGUUUUAGAUCAAUUGGUUUAUUUCUUAUAAUUUGCAUUGCCUGCAUCCUACAUGUUUACAUUGACUUUGAAGUAGUUUUUAGAAACAUAAUUUAAUAAAAGGCAUUUGUUAUAUGAAUAAAUGUCAUUUAUAUCUAAUCAAUAAUAGUCACAUUUACAUUCAGUGAUAUUUCUGUCUCCACAAUUUAUAUUUAGAUUAAUCUGAUUGAACAUUCCCUGUUAAACUGACAUAUUUUGUUGACUAAUUGCAUGUGUUGUUGAAUUUUUAGAUUAUCUGCAGAUUUUGGUUUAUUAUAAGAAGCCUUGCUAUUUAUUUAUUUAUUAAUGUUCUUAACCAGUGGAAAGAGGGGAAAGUAAUGUGUUUUUCUUGCAAAAGGACUGCAGAAUAUACCAAAGACAUUUUAAAUACAUAUUUAAACAUUUAAUACACUUUUCUAAGUCAGAUCUUUCUGUCACUGAUGUUAAAUGCUCAGGGUAUGUCAACUAGAUUACUGUUAGUCACAUUCAGUCUCAUCUAAAUAAUAGAUUAUUACAUUUCUGGAAGCAUACUCUCAUAUUGUGAUUAUUAUAUACACUUGGCAUGCCACCUGUAC